AUGGCUGAGGGAAUUGGUUAUGCCAUUUUGGAAAAAAUAGCAGAAAACUUGGUUGAUCCAAUUGGAUGUCAAUUUGGUUAUCUGUUUUGCUUCAACAGAAACAUUCAGAAUCUUCAAACUCAACAUGAUGUCCUAAAAGCGACUAGAGAAGGGGUUCAGCUAGGGUUGAAUGAAGCACACAAUAAUGUGAGAAUCGUUGAACCUCUCGCUGAGGCAUGGCUGAUUAAUGCAAAUAACAAAAUUGCAGAGGCAGAGACAACUAUUGAAUCCAAUGCCCAAGUUCAGAAGGGAUGUUUGAAAGGGUGGUGUUGGCCCCGUUACUCACUGAGUAGAAAAGCCGCGAAAAUGACUCAAGAUCUUGUCCAUCUUCAUACUGAGGGCAUCAAGUACACUCAGUUGUCCCACAGUCCACCACCACCAUCCAUCCAAUCUCUACCCUCGAUAGGAUUCAAGGGGUUUAAGUCUCGAAAUUUGAUUGUGAAGCAAAUCUUCGAGGCUCUGAAGGCUGACGAGAUGAACCUGAUUGGGGUAUGCGGGAUGGGGGGAGUGGGCAAGACAACAAUGGUCAAACACGUUGCCAAACGAGUGGAAGAAGAGAAACUCUUUAACAAAGUUGCAAUGGCAGUUGUCAGCCAAGAGCCAAACUUAAAACAGGUUCAAAGUUGUAUUGCAGAAAUGUUGGGUUUACAACUUGACAUGGAGAACCCAAUAGUACGAUCAAGUCGGCUGCGUCAGAGACUUCUACAGAACGAUGAGAAAAUUCUAGUCAUAUUGGAUGACAUUUGGGAAGAAUUUGAUCUAGACGAGUCGGGAUUUCCUUUGGAAGGAGGCAGCAACAAGAGUUGUAAGAUCCUUUUCACUUCACAAAAUCGAAAUCUAUGGAAAGGAAUACAAAAUAAAAGGUAUAUCCAACUUCUAGUCCUAGUGGGCGACGAACCAUGGCUUCUCUUCAGAGAGAAGGUAGGCGAUUGUGCUGACAACAUUGAUCUGCGACCACUAGCAAAACAAAUUGUAAAUGAAUGUGGAGGUUUACCACUUGCCCUCGUAACUAUCGGAGGGGCUCUUACAGACGAACCUGACCAACAUCAUUGGAAUAAUGCGCUUCAACAACUAAGAACCCCCUGUUCAGAAAGUUUGUCGUCAGAAGUGCCUGCAAAAGUGUAUCAAGCUCUAUAUUUUAGUUACAAUUUUCUGAAAGAUGAGAGAGCCAAGAAGUUGUUUCUGCUCCAUUGCUUGUUUCCAGAAGAUUGUAAUAUUGCUAUUGAAGAUUUGGUUAGAUAUGGAAUCAGAUUGCGGUGGUUUGAAGGCAUCCACAAAGUGGAUGAUGCAAGAGAUCAAGUAAAUGUCUUAGUUGAUCAACUUAAAAGUUGUUAUUUACUGUUGGAUGGUAGUUAUGAGGGGUGGAUAAAAAUGCACGAUGAGGGGCGGAUAAAAAUGCACGAUGUAGUGCGCGAUGUCGCCAUAUCAAUUGCGGCUAAAGAAAAGCAUGGUUUUAUGACAAUCCACGGUGCCAAAUCGAGAGAGUGGCCAAAGAAGGCGGCAUAUGAGCAUAGCACUUCCAUUUUGGUGAUGUCAAAUGAAAUUGUAGAGUUUCCAGGAGGAUUGAGAUGCUCAAAACUUGAGUUUUUACUAAUAGAAUGCCUGAAUAGUUCACUAAAAAUACCAAGCAAUUUUUUUGAGAGGAUGGCAGAACUCAAAGUUUUGGAACUGAGAAUCAUGUAUAAAAUCUCGUUACUGCCGUCGUCACUGCAAUUCUUGAGCAACCUGUUGACAUUGCAUCUUGGUUACUGUCAGAAGUUCGAUAAUAUAUCUGUAAUUGGAAAGCUAUUGAAUCUGGAAAUCCUCAGUUUUAGUGAUUCCAACAUUGAGGAGUUACCUAAGGAAAUAGGAGGACUGGUUAAUUUAAAGUUGUUAGAUUUGACAAGUUGUGGUGAACUUAAAAGAAUAGCACCUGGUGUCAUAUCAGUUCUAGUCCAAUUACAAAAGUUGUACAUGGGUGGCUGCGGAAUCAUUUGGGACCAAGAAGGCGAGGAAGGAGGAGAAAAUGCGAGCUUGAGAGAGUUUGAAUCCUUGUCCAAUUUGAAUACUUUAGAGAUUAAUAUACAAGAUGCCUUGCGUUUGCCAAGAAUCCCAUUGUUUAGCAAACUGACAAAAUACUCAAUUUUGAUAGGUUUCCAUGCCGGCACCACCAUUGUUGAAGAAUUCAUAAAAAGGUUCCGAAAGCUUUUGAUUCUCACUCUUCAUAACACGUGUACUAUCCCAUUAGAAUUCGGUGGGAUCAAUUCGUUGUUAAGGAGCACUGCACUUCUAUGGUUAAUGGGGAAGGGUUCAGAGGAUGCAGUGCAAGAGUUGUUUCGAGAGGGAGUUGAAGGACUCCAACACUUGAAGGACCUAGUAAUUGAAGAUUGUGUUACACCAGAAUAUUUUGUCAAUACAAUGGAAUAG